GCUAUCUCUUCCGCCCAAACAGGAAAUCCUUGUUUUGACGAAACCCGGAAAUACAAUAUACCAGCAUGGCACAGGUCCACGAGUUUGACAUGGCGAUGACAUGUGACGGCUGCGCCAAUGCAGCAAAGAGAGUGCUGGGAAAACUUGGAGAUGAUGUGACCCUUGUGGAGACGGAUGUGGAGGCCAAGAAAGUGUUUGUGACAUCCACACUUCCUUUUGAAAAACUCCUAGAGGCACUUAAAAAGACAGGGAAGGAAAUAAAUUAUGUGGGAGUAAAAAAUUAACCUGCUAUGCCCAAGGAAAUACUGAAAAAUACAGAUAAUUAUUACUAAUGAGAUGGAUACAGUAAAGAUGGAGUCUUAUUUUGCUGUUACAAUCAAUGUGGAGGCACACCAUUGCAUCUGCUGACAAUUAUAGUAAAAUUUUAGCACAAAGUCUCAUAUCAAGGCUUAGGAACUGAUAUAUAUUCAGCUAGUAUUGACAAUUGAGUUGAAGCCUUGGGUUAUAUACCAUAUAAGUUCCAUUGGCUCAUAUUCAAAUCAGUGACCAUCCAUGUUUAUGAAAAUUAAUAACUAAUUAACUGGUUAAAUUAUUAACUGGGUUUCUUGCAUUGAUUGUAAAAGAGGUAGAGGUUUAACGUUUUUUCCCCUCAUUAACAGAAAUGGCACAGUUAAAAUUUAUUCAUUGAUUAUCACAGUUGAAAUGCUUGAAAAAGGAAAAAGUGCAAUUUUACAAUAAUAUAUUGUAUGUAGAGUUGAGUAGAUUUAUGAAAAUACAUUCCUUAAGUAAUUAAGUAAUGACUAUUUUAUGCUGAACCUGAUGUUUUGCCACUUUUAAUCUCAUAUUAUUUUGACCAAAAUUAACAAAAUUCAAAUAAAAUUUUUUCUCUUAC